UUUUUAGGUGUGUCUUUCUAUAUAUCGAACUAGAAUGUCUCCCGAAUUUUUUACAAAGUUCUUAUUAGAAUGUUCUGACAAUGUGAAACAACGUGCUCGCGUAUCCUGCGCUAGGUUUAGGUAACGUUUGUGCCGGAACAUAUGUAAUAAAACAGUGUUAAAAAUUGUGUUCGGUGUGAGUACGCUAAAUAUUCUGGUUUGAUGUUAAAUUAAAAUGUGGAAUAUGAUGUGCGACGUAAUGCCCACGAUAUCCGAAGACAGUAUCAGCCAACGUAGUUCUCAGUUAUCUGGGGAAGAUGCCAAUUUCGAGCAGCUCAUGGUGUCUAUGCUCGACGAGCGAGAUAAGCUGGUGGAGAGUCUGCGUGAGACGCAGGAGCGUCUCGGUGACUCGGAGCUGCGCCUCAAGGAGGUGGAGAAGGAGAGGGACUCGCUGCACAGGCAGAUUGCUGCAAACUUACCUCAGGAAUUCGCGACCCUUACAAAAGAGCUCAACCAGGCACGGGAACAACUUCUCGAGCGAGAGGAAGAGAUAUCAGAAUUAAAGGCGGAAAGAAACAACACCCGGUUACUAUUAGAACACUUAGAAUGCCUGGUGUCGCGGCACGAGCGCUCGCUGCGCAUGACCGUGGUGAAGCGGCAGGCGGCCGCGCAGUCCGGAGUUUCCUCAGAGGUGGAGGUGCUCAAGGCGCUGAAGAGCCUCUUCGAGCAUCACAAAGCUCUCGACGAGAAGGUCCGCGAGAGAUUACGAGUGGCGUUAGAAAGGAACACAGCUUUAGAAGAAGAAUUGGCGUUAACCAAAGAAGAAUUGCAACAGUACAAAUCGUCAGGACAGGACGACAAGCCGAAGGAAAACGGCACAGUGCCGACUGGAUCGCCCGAGCAGAACGGCGAACAGCAGCAAACUAAGGAGAAUAGUGUUAACGGCGACUCGGACACAAGCAAGCGAAUCACAGAGCUACAUAACACGGUCGCCAAACAGUCAGCAGAAUUGAGCUCGUGGCAGCGACGAGUCGCAGAGCUGAACAAUAAGGUGUCAGACCUGGAAGACAGGCUCGCCAAGGGCGAGAAGGAGCUGGUGAAGAAACAGGAUGAAUGUGCCAAGCUGCAGCGGGACCUGAGAGAGAACGUCGCGCAGAAAGAGGAUCAGGAGGAGCGGAUAGCAACUCUUGAGAAGAGAUACCUGAAUGCGCAGCGCGAGUCAACCUCGUUACACGACCUGAACGAGAAGUUGGAACAGGAGCUCCAACACAAGCAGGCGCAACUGAAACUCCAAGAGGAGAAGAUCGCAGCAAUAGAAGAGAAGUUGGAGCUGUCCACGCAGAAGUUGGCGCAGAUGUCCUCGCUUCCCGAAAUGGAGGAGCAGCUCAGGGCCCGGAUGGAAGCCCUGAACCAGGUUGGUACAAUGGCCCAGGAGCGGCACGGGUCCGCAGAGGACCGCAUCCAGCGGCUGGAGGCCAACGUGGAGGAGAAGAAUGCGGAGCUGAUGAGACUCAACCAGCGGCUGCGGAUGAACGAGGAGCACAACACCAGGCUGUCGGCCACCGUCGACAAGCUGCUCUCGGAAUCCAACGACAGAUUACAAGUGCACCUGAAAGAGCGUAUGCACGCGCUCGAUGAGAAGAACGCGCUAACGCAAGAGUUGGAGAAGACGAGGAAGUACGCCGACGAGCUCAUGGUGGAGAAACAAGACAUACUGAAGGAGCUCGCCAAAUGGCGCAUGGAAACCGAGCAGCUGAAGCGACAGAUGCUGGAGCAGGAGAUCGCGUUCAACAUCCAGCAGACGGAUGCGCUGACGAGGUCACUGUCUCCGGCCAACAUGCAGCCGCCCCAGCAGAACACCUUCCAGCCCAAGUUGGAUGGGUCGUGGGAGAAACUUCAGCAGGCGCACGUGUUGGCAAACGUACAAACGCCGUUCGAUGUGUCCAGCGACGCAGAGAACGAUGAAUCUGAAGGCGGCGUGGAAGGAGGGCAUACAGACGCCGCAGCGCUGGCGCUGAUGCUGCAAGAACAGCUGGACGCCAUCAAUACAGAGAUCAGGCUCAUACAGGAAGAGAAACAGAGCACGGAAGCGAGGGCCGAAGAGCUGGAGUCCAGGGUGGGCAGCUACGAGCACAUGAACGUGGUAUCGCGGCGCGGGGAGUCCCCGCCGCUGGCCGCGUCGCCGUCCCGGCCGCUGCCGCUGCACCACCACCACCAGCACCCGCACCUCGCGCCGCACCACAAGUACCACACGGCGCCCGCGUCGAUGUCGCCGGCACACUCGCACUACCGGACUCCGCCCGCGUCCGAGAGUCUGCCCGCCAGCCAGUUGCAGCUGUGCGAGGAGGGCGUGGGGGGCAUGGUGGGUGCGGGCGCGGGUGGUGCGGGUGCGGGUGCGGGGGGCGCGGAGGGGGCGGAGUCCCCGCUGACGGCGCGGUCGCUGCGGCUGGAGCGAGCCGCGCGCGCGCUGCACGCCGAGCGAGACAGGCUGCGCGCGCACUACCAGCCGCCCUACGACACGACGUCGAUAAUGUCAGGAAGUCUCGCCCGGUUCCCGAUACACAGCUCGAGUCAAGAGUCUCUGGGCACUGUGGGGGGCGGGUACGGGGGCGCGUCCCCCGGGCUGCCCCGGGGGGUGGCCGCCGCAGCCUCCGCCGUCUCCAUCGCGUCCAUGCACCAGCAGAAGAAACGCGGCAUCAAGAGCUCCCUCGGCAGGUUCUUCAGCAAGAAGGAGAAGGCUGGCAUGCCGGGUCAGAUGGCGAGCGUGGGCGGCGCCCGGUCGCUGUCGUCGGCGUCGUCGCUGGGGCUGGCCGCGCUCGCAGACGACGCGCCCGACCUGCACGCGCCGCACCACCACCACCAGGACUACGCGCGCUCCAAGACCAAGGACCGCGACUACCGCCACGAGCUGCUGGGCGAGGCGAUGCGGGCCGGCACGCCGUUCGCGUUGUGGAACGGGCCCACGGUGGUGGCGUGGCUGGAGCUGUGGGUGGGCAUGCCGGCCUGGUACGUGGCCGCCUGCCGCGCCAACGUCAAGUCCGGCGCCAUCAUGUCCGCGCUCUCCGACCAGGAGAUCCAGCGGGAGAUCGGUAUCAGUAACCCACUGCACCGGCUGAAGCUGCGGCUGGCCAUCCAGGAGAUGGUGUCUCUGACGUCUCCAUCAGCUCCAAGAGGGACGGCGUGCGCCGCGCUCGCCUUCGGGGACAUGAACCACGAGUGGAUCGGAAACGUGUGGCUGCCCUCGCUAGGACUGCCGCAGUACCGGACCACGUUCAUGGAGUGCCUGGUGGACGCGCGCAUGUUGGAACACCUCACCAAGCGAGAUCUAAGAACGCAACUCAAGAUGGUCGACAGUUUUCACAGGACGUCGCUACACUUCGGCGUGGCGUGCCUGAAGCGCGUGGGAUACAGCGUGCGUGCACUCGACGAGCGACGCCGCGCGGCAGAGCUAGCGUGCCGGGACGUGCUCGUGUGGACCAACGAGCGGCUGCAGCGCUGGCUCGUCUCUAUCAACCUCAAGGAGUAUGCCAAUAACCUGGUGGAAAGUGGAGUCCACGGCGCACUGAUAGCGCUCGACGACAGUUUCGAUGCUAACAGUAUGGCGCUUGCGCUGCAGAUACCCACGCAAAAUACACAGGCGCGGCAGAUCCUGGAGGGCGAGUUCGAGAUGCUGCUGAAGGCGGGCACGGAGCGCGCGACGCGGCUGCAGCACGAGCACGCGCCCGCCUCCUGA